GUGCCCUUCGUGCCUUCCAUCUCCGAGGAGGAAGUGAAAGCUGUGCAGACGGCCUGGGCCAACGCCAUUAAGACCAUCUCCAAGACCUACCUUUCUGGAGGCGACUAUGUCGCGGAGGCCGCCAAGGCCGCAGGUGAGCUGUAUGGAUACGGACACACCAAUGUGCUCUUCAAGCCUACCAAGGCAGCCACACAUCAAUUCCGACCAACAGCCUCCGACGCAAUGUCGUACUUUGUUGGGCACAAGGCAGUGGCGAACGGCAUUGCGGAGGAUGCCGGCUUUGCCAUCAACGGUGGAAAAGGCUGGGCUGACGUGGUGUUCCACAACCACCAGAUCGACGUGACGGGCAACGUU